UCUUUACUCAGUCUCUCUGGGCCUGGGUACUGCUGGGUUUUUUGUUUACAGAACCCGCUUCCAGGGAUCGUGUCAGCUGUCAAUUCCCGGGAUUGUUGGCCUCUCCCAGUUCGUCUCAAUCCUCGGUUAUUCUGGGUUUCAGCUUGUACGCAGAUUAUUGUGGCCUGGAGAGCGCUGCUGGAAGGGAAGUUGUACUUCUGAGAUCCCAACCAGGCUCAAGGAAGAAAGACAUGAAGCUGCAGUUGAUACACCAGAAGCUGAAGCCACCAUCAGCCUUUCCUGAUGGGAAGGGGAACUGUAGCCCGUGGAAUUCCGGAUUGCAGAAGAUCUACCGAGAUGCAGUGCUGGUGUUGACCGUGAUUGUCAUUCUCAUCCUCCUGAUGAUGGUGCAGUUACUGCUGUUCCCCUACAACCACCAAAUGGACAAGAUCCACAUCCCCAGUGAGAUCAGAAAAGCUGCUGCUGAUAUAGAGUUGGGCUGGUCUGACUCAUGCAGUCUUGUCCUCGUUGAGAGUAUUCCAGAGGGGAUGCAUUUUGGGCCUAACUCCACUGUGAACCCAUCUAUUUUUGAAGGCUGGAUGAAGUUGCUGAGGGAAGCAGAGAAAAGCAUUGAGAUCAGUUCCUUCUACUGGACCAUGCAAAACAAAGACACAAAUACAUCAGAACCUUCUGCCUACCAGGGUGAAGAGGUUCUGCAGAAAUUGCAGGAAGUUUCUAAGAAUCUGUCCGUGCGUGUCGCUGUCAAUAAACCAUUAAGGACAGAAACUCUGGCUGACCUGGAUCUUCUGAAGAAAAGUGGAGCUAAGUUUACGGUUGUGGACAUGCCCAGGCUGACAGCUGGGGUUCUACAUACAAAAUUCUGGAUUGUUGACAGGAAACAUGUAUACAUUGGAAGUGCUAACAUGGAUUGGAGAUCGUUGACCCAGGUUAAAGAGCUGGGAGCCAUCAUCUUCAACUGCAGCCAACUGGCUGAGGAUCUAGGCAAGACUUUUGAGGAGUACUGGAAUAUCGGCGGGUCCAACAGCAGCAUCCCAUCUCGAUGGCCUAGUAAUUACUCAACAUCCUACAAUGAGAAAAACCCUAUGGAGCUGGAGCUCAAUGACAGUCCAGCCAGUGUCUAUUUCUCAAGCUCUCCCCGUGCAUUGUGCCCAGAUGGACGGACUGAUGACCUUACCUCCAUUCUCAGUAUCAUUGAUGAUGCAAAAAAGUUUGUGCUUGUGGCAGUCAUGAAUUAUAUUCCGGUAACAGUGUUCUCUUAUCCCAAAAGAUAUUGGCCAGAUAUCGACACGCGUUUGCGGAAGGCCGCAUUUGAGCGGAAAGUGAAAGUACGGCUCCUAAUCAGCUGCUGGUCACACUCCAACCCAUCCAUGUUCCCUUUCCUCCAGUCACUGGCAGCUCUGAAGAGCCAUAAGGGGCUGCUAAAUGUGGAAGUGAGAAUUUUCACGGUCCCAGCAAUGCAGGAGCAAAAUAGUAUCCCCUAUGCACGUGUCAAUCACAACAAGUACAUGGUGACGGACAGAGUGGCCUAUAUUGGGACUUCCAACUGGUCUGGUGACUACUUUGUGAACACAGCAGGUGUGGGCCUGGUGGUUAACCAGAGCAGCACAAUGAGGCACUCCACAGGCUCUUCUGUACGAAAACAACUGCAGGACGUGUUUAGUCGAGACUGGCACUCAUCGUUUAGCAAGGCUCUGAAUAAUGGGGAGGAUUUGAGCCGGAUCUGUAAAUAUAUCUAACAGGCCUGUGGGGAAAUUGUUCACUCGAGGCCAGUGUUGAAUCAGCUUGAGGACCAAAAUCCAGCACAACCCAAAAACUGAUCUGGAAUCCUGACUGAUCUUUAGUCUCAUUCAUCAAUUUCCUUCAAGAGGCCACAUUCAACAGGGAGUGAUGGCAGAGGAUGUGAACAUGGGGUUGAAUAUUCAUUGUGAGUUUUUCUUGGCAGAAUAUCCUCUGGAUCAAAACUUUGCCAUUACUCCAGGAUUUCCAUGAGAGACAAGUAGACUAUCUCUCAUAGCAAUUCAACCCGAUGGAAAUUGGUGCUUGUGCAGAAGCUGUGUCUGGCAAUGAGUGUUACCAACAUCCUUGUUUUUACCCCAGUUUAUUGCACUGCCCUCGAUUGCAUUCCUGUGUGUUCACAGUUUAGGAGACAGGUUGUAGGGCUGCGUGGAUCUCUAAAUGCAGGCCCUACCUUGCAUUGGGAUAUCAGACAAGUUCAAUGUCUCCCUGGUCAGUUGCUGUAAGAAUCUUAAUGGAUAAUGAGUUUCAGUCAGUCCCAGUUCAGCUUCUGCUGGAUUUGGUCCAUAUCAGCAAAGUGGCCCUCAUUCAGUAAUCUCUCACAGGGAGCACACAGGCCAACAGUUGCAAAGAGGUCACCACAGUGCUGUGGAGGCCACACUGCUCUUCUCAGUCUGCACCAGGAGAGAGAGCUUUACUCUGUACUUAACAUCUUGCUGUGCCUGUCCUGGGAAUGUCUGGGGCAGUGUAAAGGGAACUUUUAUAUCUGGCCCUGUGCUGUACCUGUCCUAGGAGUGCAUGUUUGUGCUGAGUUCCAAUUCUAACAGGAACAACGGACAGUAAAAGUACACCAAUGGAAGUAAAAAUGCAGUUGCACAGGUGUAAUUUUAUUUUAUCCAAUUUCCACAUUAAGUGUGAGGAGAGUGCCAGAGAUGAUGGAACCUGACGAACUGCAUUUUCAAUGCACAUUAUGCUACCUCGUACUGUAUGCCUACUUUUGUUAGUUUUGAAAUAAAAUCUAUUUUCAGCCUGA